GGAGCAAAGAGAGCGCAAGAAGAAGAGAGAGACAGGGAGACAACACUAACUGGGUAGCUAUGGAGAUAGUAGGUUUUCCUGGUUGCUUUCUUUGACAGGUGUCGAGUGGGAUAAUAAAAUAAAAAGUACCAAGAACAGCCUCCAAGAUGUACGGCAAGGGGAAAGGAGCUGUGGUCCCCUCGGAUAGCCAGGCGAGAGAAAAGUUAGCGUUAUACGUGUACGAGUACCUGCUACAUGUGGGAGCACAGAAGUCCGCACAGACUUUCCUAUCUGAGAUUCGAUGGGAGAAGAAUAUUACAUUAGGAGAACCACCCGGAUUCCUUCAUUCUUGGUGGUGUGUAUUCUGGGAUUUGUAUUGUGCAGCUCCAGACCGAAGAGAGACAUGUGAACACUCCAGCGAGGCAAAGGCCUUCCAUGAUUAUAGUGCAGCGGCAGCGCCCAGUCCGGUGAUGGGCAACAUGCCCCCCAACGACGCCAUGCCAGGUGGUCCCAUGCCUCCAGGCUUCUUCCAGGGACCACCCGGCUCUCAGCAGUCCCCUCACGCACAGCCCCCCCCACACAACCCCAGCAACCCCAUGAUGGGACCCCACGGCCAGCCUUUCAUGUCACCGCGGUAUCCAGGUGGACCACGCCCCUCACUCCGAAUGCCAAAUCAGCCUCCUGGUGGAAUCCCAGGGUCUCAGCCUCUCCUGCCAAACAGUUUGGACCCAACAAGACCGCAAGGACAUCCUAACAUGGGUGGACCAAUGAGAAUGAAUCCUCCCAGAGGAAUGGCCAUGGGCCCACAGAAUUACGGUGGCAUGAGGCCUCCUCCAAACUCUAUGGGUGGUCCCAUGCCAGGAAUGAACAUGGGUCCUGGAGGAAGGGGGCCUUGGCCAGGACCUAAUGCAAACUCUAUAGCCUACUCCUCCUCGUCUCCAGGAAACUACGUGGGUCCCCCGGGUGGAGGAGGACCACCAGGAACUCCCAUCAUGCCCAGCCCAGGUGAUUCAACUAACUCCAGUGAAAACAUCUACACAAUGAUGAAUCCUAUUGGACCAGGAGGCAACAGACCCAAUUUUCCUAUGGGACCAGGGCCUGACGGGCCCAUGGGAGCAAUGGGAGCGAUGGAACCACACCACAUGAACGGAUCGCUAGGGUCUGGGGAUAUGGACGGGUUGCCAAAGAGCUCUCCUAACAACAUGGGAGGCAUGAACAACCCUCCGGGAACGCCGCGAGACGACGGCGAAAUGGGCGGCAACUUCUUGAACCCAUUCCAAAGUGAAAGUUAUUCACCCAACAUGACGAUGAGUGUGUGAUUUUCUUUUUCUUUUUUUUUCUUUUUGUUUUUUUUAUUGGUAUUUUUUUCUUCCCUCCCUUAAAUUUUUGUGACCCCACACCCAUUUGUUUUUAAAUUAAAAUCCUUCCUCCACCUUGGAUUGGACCACUCCUUACAAACACACACACACACACACCCUCCCCAUCUGCCCUCUUCCCCUGAUGGGACCCUCCACCACCACCCGCCGCCGCCGCACGCCACCCCCCGCUGUCCUCCUCCCACCCGGGAACUCCACGGCCACGCACCGAACGCAGCCUUCCGGGACYGCUCUAGAGCAUGCUGGGACUCUAAUUAAGUCGGGCCCUCCUGGAGCGUGCAAAAUGGCCGCGGGUGUGAACAGGAAGCAGUCGCAGAGCAACAGGAAGAGCCUCCUCUCCGGCUUUCUGUCAGCAUCCAGACAGUGAGGGGACGGUGCCACAGAGAGAAGAGACUGYACACAGCCCUCCCUCACAGACGCAGUUUCUCUCUGCAGCUGCCUGGAACCGUAUCAACCACAACGUUGAAUCUUUUAUUUUAUUUUCUGCUUUAUUAUUUUUUUUAAAUCAUCUUUUUUGUCGCUGCUGUUCCCGACAGAUCCAGUGGCAGGUCGAAUGAAACCACCUCUGUGUCCCUCCCACACUGUUUUACAUGCGUGUACAUUUGUAACAGAGGUGUUGUGACGAUCAAUGAACAUGUUUUUUUUUCCAUAUAUUUUUGUGUAUGUAUUGUUAUUUUUAUUAUUGUAUUAUUGUUAUUAAUAAUAAUAUUGGUAUGAUCAUUUUAAGACUAGGUUCUAAUAUUGUUUUAUUGUUGUUGUUUAUUACGGGCACAUUAUCACAAUGAAGACAGCACAUGUGCACACAAGUCAGAAAUCAUUUUGCUGUGUAAGAUUAUUGCUUUUUUAUCAGCACACCGCCCCCUGCUGGUAAGAUUAUGUCCAUCAUGGUACUGAUUGGUUUUUAUUCAUCUUUUAUUUGUUUUUGUUUAGUUUUUGCUAACGAGCAGAAGCCUCUUUAGCAGCUUCCCUGCAGUAAAAUACACAGCUCUAUUUAUUUAUGUACUUUUAA